CCCCGUCCCGCUGGUGUGGCUGCAGGCUCGAGCUGGGGUCACUCGGCGGCCAGUGUGCGCAGGUCUCCUGGUCGCCGGCCAGAGGGCGAAAGCAUUCACCCGAGGCCCCCAGCUUCGCGGCUGCCUUGGCUGCGAGCAACGAGGGAAGAGGAGGCAGGCGCUCCAAAACUGGGCGAAGAUUCCUUUCCUAAUUUCUAACUCGAGCCUCCCACCGUCAGUACGCUUAAUGGCGCUGCUGGCCGGAUGGAUAAUCGAGCUCUCUGGAGGGACAGACGCGGCCGCCAUCCCUAAUAAAUCGUGAAUAACGAAUGAGGGAAUCGACCAUCCUCAUGAGGCCCACGGGCGUUCAGUAACGCAGUAUCGAUUCGCUUCCCCGGCGUCGGCCUCACCGCUACUCCCGGCGUUUCCAAGCCUCCCUCCUCGUUCUCUCCCUCCUGCCGGAGCCACUGCGGACCGGAGCCCCAGCGCCAGGUGGAGCCGGGGCGCCAGUGGGAGUCGGGCCCAGCCGUCUUGGCGCUCGCCCGACUCUCCCGCCCGCGCGCCCAGGGAGGCGCACAGGCAGCGCGCAGCGCAGGGCGCGAGCGAAAAAUGCGGGAAUCAGCGCCAGGCAGGAGAAAAGGCGCGGGCCCACCUUACAGCCCGGCGCCUCGUUUCCUAGUCCAGUGUGGCCUCUCGCCUUCGGCCGGAUUAUUGUGUCCCAGGCCCGGAGCCUGAGUUCCCAUCCUCAGCGGGCCUCCGUUCUUCUCUGCCCGAGCACGCCGGGGGCGCAGCCUCCGCCAGAGCGACCCGAUCCCCCCGCGGCGAGGCCCCCCACCCGGCCUCACCCCGCACCUCCACUCCCCUCUCGCAAUUGCUCCCUGCCAGGCGCCCAGGCUGGAUCCUGGUGCGCCGCUUUUCGGGGCCAGCGCCCCUGCCGCCGAGGGGGCAAGGGGAGUGGGGAGGACACGCUCGCCCUCCCAGAUGCAGUUAUUAAUUUUAAGGGAGUGUCACUUGGAGUGAAUGAAAAUCGCUCGGACGCCUGGCUGAAGGCGUCGCGUCCCCCGCCGGAGCCCCGCGCCCUUUGGUCUAGGCCGGGGCGUGGAGGACCACGAGCCACCUUUCAGCCCAGUCCCCAUUUCACCAUUUUCCAGGCGCCCCAGUUAGGGAUGGGCAUCACAGUGUCAGUGGGGGGAACCCAUAUUUUGAAGGGAGGGGGGCUAACUGCGGAAGGUAACAUAAGAGAAUCCAUCCUCCGGGGUCGGGGCGGCCGCAUGGGAAGGGAGGGGUCUCGUCCUGGCUAGGGACCCGGCAGCCGGUGGCGGGGAGCGGCCGCGCCAGCCUCCCCCUCCUCUUCCCGUCUCUGCCAGCAUCCUGAAGGAAUGAGGUCACGUGGGUUUCUCCCCUCCCGCCGCCCGGGCGAGCGACACGGCUGCGGCCCCCCUCCCCUCCCUUCCCUCCCUCCCUCCCAUCCCCCCCUCCCCGAGACCCACCGGACCCCGAACCCAGGGCAACGCUCCCCAGUCCCCCCACCCCCGACCCCGGAAUCAUGCAUCGGACUACACGGAUCAAAAUCACAGAGCUGAACCCCCACCUCAUGUGUGCCCUCUGCGGGGGGUACUUCAUCGACGCCACCACUAUCGUGGAGUGCCUGCAUUCCUUCUGCAAAACCUGCAUCGUGCGCUACCUGGAGACCAACAAAUACUGCCCCAUGUGUGACGUGCAGGUCCAUAAAACCCGGCCGCUGCUGAGCAUCAGGUCUGACAAAACACUUCAAGACAUUGUCUACAAAUUGGUCCCUGGGCUUUUUAAAGAUGAGAUGAAACGGCGGCGGGAUUUCUAUGCAGCGUACCCCCUGACGGAGGUCCCCAACGGCUCCAAUGAGGACCGCGGCGAGGUCUUGGAGCAGGAGAAGGGGACUCUGAGUGAUGAUGAGAUUGUCAGCCUCUCCAUCGAAUUCUACGAAGGUGCCAGGGACCGGGACGAGAAGAAGGGCCCCCUGGAGAAUGGGGAUGGGGACAAAGAGAAAACAGGGGUGCGCUUCCUGCGAUGCCCAGCAGCCAUGACUGUCAUGCAUCUUGCCAAGUUUCUCCGCAACAAGAUGGAUGUGCCCAGCAAGUACAAGGUGGAGGUUCUGUACGAGGACGAGCCACUGAAGGAAUACUACACCCUCAUGGACAUCGCCUACAUCUACCCCUGGCGGCGGAACGGGCCUCUCCCCCUCAAGUACCGUGUCCAGCCAGCCUGCAAGCGGCUCACCCUAGCCACGGUGCCCACCCCCUCCGAGGGCACCAACACCAGCGGGGCGUCCGAGUGUGAGUCAGUCAGCGACAAGGCUCCCAGCCCUGCCACCCUGCCAGCCACCUCUUCCUCCCUGCCCAGCCCAGCCACCCCAUCCCAUGGCUCUCCCAGUUCCCAUGGGCCUCCAGCCACCCACCCUACCUCCCCCACUCCCCCUUCGACAGCCAGUGGGGCCACCACAGCUGCCAACGGGGGUAGCUCGAACUGCCUGCAGACACCAUCCUCCACCAGCAGGGGGCGCAAGAUGACUGUCAACGGCGCUCCCGUGCCCCCCUUAACUUGAGGCCAGGGACCCUCUCCCUUCUUCCAGCCAAGCCUCUCCACUCCUUCCACUUUUUCUGGGCCCUUUUUUCCACCUCUUCUACUUUCCCCAGCUCUUCCCACCUUGGGGGUGGGGGGCGGGUUUUAUAAAUAAAUCUAUAUAUAUAUGUACAUAGGAAAAACCAAAUAUACAUACUUAUUUUCUAUGGACCAACCAGAUUAAUUUAAAUGCCACAGGAAACAAACUUUAUGUGUGUGUGUAUGUGUGGAAAAUGGUGUUCAUUUUUGGGGGGGGGGGGUCUUGUGUAAUUUGCUGUUUUUGGGGGUGCCUGGAGAUGAACUGGAUGGGCCACUGGAGUCUCAAUAAAGCUCUGCACCGUCCUCGCUGUUUCCCAAGGCAGGUGGUGUGUUGGGGGCCCCUUCAGACCCAAAGCUUUAGGCAUGAUUCCAACUGGCUGCAUAUAGGAGUCAGAAUUGUUUCUUUCUCUCCCCGUUUCUCUCCCCAUCUUGGCUGCUGUCCUGCCUCUGACCAGUGGCCGCCCCCCGCAUUGUUGAAUGUCCAGAAAUUGCUAAGAACAGUGCCUUUUACAAAUGCAGUUUUUCCCUGGUUCUGAGGAGCAAGUGCAGGGUGGAGGUGGCACCUGCAUCACCUCCUCCUCUUGCAGUGGAAACUUUGUGCAAAGAAUAGAUAGUUCUGCCUUUUUUUUUUUUUUCCUGUGUGUGUGGCCUUUGCAUCAUUUAUCUUGUGGAAAAGAAGAUUCAGGCCCUGAGAGGUCUCAGCCCUUGGAGGAGGGCUAAGGCUUUAGCAUUGUGAAGCGCUGCACCCCCACCGACCUUACCCUCACCGGGGAACCCUCACUAGCAGGACUGGUGGUGGAGUCUCACCUGGGGCCUAGAGUGGAAGUGGGGGUGGGUUAACCUCACACAAGCACAGAUCCCAGACUUUGCCAGAGGCAAACAGCCUUCCAAUUGCCCCUCCACCCCCAGCUGAGGCCCGGUCACCUGGUCAGGACAGAGCAACUGCAUCUAAAAGCACAAGAAGACAGAAACCUGUAAGCUCUGACCCCACCCCCACCCCUUGAGAGGUCAGCGGACCACCUCCUUAGGGACAGACCCUGGCAGGUCGCUGCCCACCGAGAUUUCCUCAAGUGUGCAUAGAUCUGAGAGGAGUCAGGAGUCGAGACUCGAGAUUCCAUCAUAGCCUAGGUGUGUGGGGUUGGGAGCCCCCUGAUGGGCUUGUCUGUGUUUGCACCUUGUCCUGUGUCUGAGGUCCUGUGACUGUACCCUCCUUUGCCCUGGGACAUCUGUAUCUCUUGGCUUUGUAAUAAAUGCUGCAUACUUUC